AAAGCCCGUUGCGCAGGCGCCGAGGGGGAGACUUCGCAAAGCGCCGGAAACUUGGUGAAAAGUUUAGUGGCAACCUCCCUUCGCCGUCAGACGCGGCAGUGCUCCGGGCAGCGGCUCCUUCCCGGCUGAAAGACCAUGUCCGGCUCUUCCAGCGUCGUGGCUAUGAGAAAAGUGGUGCAGCAGCUGCGCCUGGAGGCCAGCGUGAGCCGCGUGAAGGUUUCACAAGCUGCAAGUGACUUAAAGCAGUUUUGUCUGCAGAAUGCACAUCACGAUCCCCUAUUAACAGGAGUUUCUUCAAGUACAAAUCCAUUUAGGCCUCCAAAAGUUUGUUCUUUUCUCUAACUUGGUGUCUUUCAGGAUCUAACAACUUUUCAUAUCUGUGUGUAUGAUGAACAUGGAAACAAAGCAGUGGAUUGGAAUUUGUACAGGAACUUUGCCUUAAUGUGCCAACUUAGUUCUAGUAAAUACUGUUACUCUUGUCAUGCCUACCACAAUCUACCUCUCUAAACAAACUGUAUGUUAGUUGCAAUAACUUCUGUAUCAUGAGGGAAUCAGUUUUAUAUUCAGCAAUAAAGAGUUACUGAUUUUGAA